GGCGAAUAUACACAAAGGAUCUUGUUGAAGCAUAAUACUCGCGUCUGCCUAAUCGUCCUUGUGGGGCUCGUCACUAAGGAGGUACGCAGCCAUGCGGCCAAAGUACACAAGGUAGCAGAUGCACAUGAGGACAAUCGUCACGAUAAAGACGCCCGAGCCUUCGCCGCCGGACGGAAUCCCGCCGUAGACGUCAUAGUUGUCGCUCGAGUAGCCGUACUUUUGGACAGUCGGGAAGCCCGCGAGCCAGAAGAGGACGUUGCUCGCGAUGAGGUUGAAGGCCCAGCCGUAGUUGCUGUUGAUGUACUUGCCGACGGUCCGCUUCGUGCUCUUGUCCAUGCUGCGUCGUCGACUUGGCCGUUUUGA